ACAAAUGAAAUUUCAUCAAAAAAUAGUCUGUGACACGCAAUUAAUUAGCCUCUGAGCCUUUAAUAUUCCCAUUUUAACAUUUGCGAACUAAAACGUCAAAAUCCCUCUUGAUCUGCCAAAAAAGACGUAACCACCAACCAAAAAUCCGAUCAUUAGGUUCAUAAAGUUAUGACUUCUGUAACAUUACCCUCUUCCCCCAAAACAAGGUGAAUUUAUUCGUAUCCCCUCAUUUCAUAGCCAAAAUGUUUAAAAUUAUAUCAAGAAAAUUCAGUCCUCAGAAAAUUCCAAUUCUGAAAUUCAAGUGUGAACCCUCAAACAGGAUAUACACAAGAUCUUACAGCAACAGUAAUCGUGAUUUAUGUCCGCCACCAAAGAAAAAACAGAAACCAGCUACUGGAACACUUUAUACCAUAGGAGCCGUUGCUCUCAUAGGUGGGGGUACAUUAACAUACGCAAAAUAUAAUGAUGAAUUCAGGGAUGCUCUGGUGUGUAGUGCACCAUUUUUGGAUGACGUCUUGAAAGUUAUAUAUUUAGAAGAAGAUUUGAGUGAAGCGAUGGGUAAGGCAUAUCGGAGUAUCAAGCAAGGUAUAGGUAAUGUAAUAUCUGGCAAAAAGGAUAAGAAUUCUGCUGAAAUAUCUGUGAAAGAGGAAUUCAAAGCUCCUCCAACAAUAUUGCCACGUUUGGAAGAAGGUAAAGUUCCAGAUGAUAACUUCCAAGAAUUAAGGAUUGAGAAUCAAACUGACACUGGUGAAACUGAAGUCGAAAUAGGUGGUGUAGUGAAACCAAAGGUAGAAGAUUUACCAGAAACUGAUACACGAAAUUUACGUCAGUUGGAGCAAGAUUUGACUGAAGCUUGUGCAGAUGCUGUGAAUUCAUACAAUAGAGCUUUGUACAACUUGAAAAAAUUCAAUCAAGAAGUUGAAUGUCUGGUAGAAGAAUCCAUAGAUAAAAUAACUGUUGAUACUUGGUCAUCUAUUAAGUCUAAAUCCCGAGAAAAAGAUAAAUCAUUGAAAGAAGCCCAGGAGAAAGCAGAUGAAGCUAUGGCUAAAGCAAAUAAAAUGGAAAAGUUAGUUCAAGAACCAGAAUUCGAAGCUAGAGAUGUCAGUAGGGAAAUUCUCUUAACCAACAUCAAACAAAUCAAGAAAAACAUCGAAGACUCUAAAAAGGAAUUGUACAGAGAAACAAAGAUGGGAAGUAUAGCUUAUAAAUACUGGGAACAAGUUCAGAAGGCUAGACAGCAUUUCAGUGAGGAAUUGGAAUCUUUGUUCCCUACAGUUGACCUGCAGAGUAGAGAAUUGAAGAUACAUGGAGAAGAUUUGGACUUAUUCUUGAUGCAUGCAUACUCUCAUGUGCUGUACUACCAAAAAGAGUUGGCCAAGGCAGAAACUCUGGCUCAAGAUAAGUUGCAGAGGGCAGUGGAUGCUGCGCAAAAGGGAGGUGGGGAGGCACUCACAACGGCUCAGAUUUGUGAGGCUUUGGAACAAGAGAAGAGAAAAAUAACUUUGUGUUAUCAAAAACAGUGCUUGAAAUUGAGAAAAGAAUCCGAGUGCUAUCUGAGGGAACAGUUGAAACGUCAAUCCCAGGCAUUUGCUGAUCACUUAGAAGAAGCUUUGCGGCAGAAAGAAAAAGAAAUCGAUCGAAACUUAGCUAGAAAAUUCGAUGAGAAAUUAGAAGAAGAGAAAUGCAGGUUUAAGAUGCAACUCGCUGCCAUGAUCGGAAGGCUCAGAGGUUUAGAUCGUACCAUGAAAAUAAGAGAAAUGGCUGAUGAGGAAGCUAAGAAAUCCCAAGUUUUGUGGGCGGCUUGUCAGGCUCUUCUGAGAGCGUUAAGAUCGACCUGUCCCGGCUUACCUUGGCAAACCCAGCUUAGACCGCUUACACCUGAGUUGAAUGCGGUAGAAAAAUCAGCAGCCGAACAAGACGAACUAGUCAAGGCAGUUCUGCAAGCCAUUCCUUUCGAAGCAAGAGAAAGGGGUAUUUUUCCCGAAGAUGCUUUAAGAGAGCGUUUCCUCAAGGUAGAAAAAGUUUGUCGGAUGGUAGCUUUGGUGCCAGCUGAAGGUGCUGCUUUGCCGAUCUAUAUAUUGUCCUAUAUCCAGUCGCUUCUCCUAUUGAAAGCCCCUAGUCCAAUACCCCAAGCAGAAUUGAACAAUGAGGAGACCGAUUUUUCAGAGUUGUCAACUAACGAUAUCCUUCAGAGAGCUAGAUAUUGGUUGGACAGAGGCAACUUUCUGCAAACUUUGAAGUAUAUGAAUCUUCUAAAAGGUGCUUCGCGCAGUGUAGCUAGGCAAUGGAUGAACGAAGCUAGAAUCCUUCUAGAAACUCAACAGGCUGCCAACACUUUGAUGGCUCACGCUGCAUCCAGUGGUCUGAUGUAUUUAUAGAUUGAGUGUAUAAAAUUUCAAUUAAAAAUUGGCAAUUGGAAUAUUUCUUUGUGAAUCGUAAGAUCCUAUUUACUAUAAUUUUUCAUAGAUUUACACUAUCGAUAUUUUACAUUUUACCAUAAAUUCUUGGUUUUUACUGUGCUUUUUUUUGUUGAAUCAAUUUUAGGAAAUUUUUCUAACAAUUAUAUUAUUAAGAAUUUUUCAAGACUGCUUAUGGUAGUAGCAACAGUUGUGUAAAUUUAUCCAGUUAAUAAAUCAGUGAAUUAAAUAUUUUUCUUUAUAAUUUAGGAAAGAAUUCCCUAGCAAUAAUGUUCUUUUUUUAAGGCUGCUAAAAAGUGAGUACACAUAAUAAAUACUUC